GAACUGGUACCCACCAUGGCCUCUUCCAGCGCUGAGAUGCUCAACGUCACCUCGGAAGUCCUUCAGCCUGCUCUCAACGGGACCCCCGCCCAGAGCAGCAGCUGCUUCCAGUCCGAGCUGUGGGGCUGGCUCAACGCCAUCCAGGCCCCCUUCCUCUGGGUCCUGUUCGCGCUGGCGGUGCUAGAGAACAUCUUCGUCCUCAGCAUCUUCUGCCUGCACAAGAGCAGGUGCACGGUGGCAGAGAUCUACCUGGGCAGCCUGGCCUUGGCCGACCUCAUCCUGGCCUGCGGGCUGCCCUUCUGGGCCAUCACCAUCGCCAACAAUUUCGACUGGCUCUUCGGGGAGGUCCUCUGCCGUGUGGUGAACACCAUGGUCUACAUGAACCUGUACAGCAGCAUCUGCUUCCUGAUGCUGGUGAGCAUUGACCGAUACCUGGCCCUGGUGAAAACCAUGUCCAUGGGCCGGAUGCGUGGCGUGCGCUGGGCCAAACUCUACAGCCUGGUGAUCUGGGUGUGCGCGCUGCUCCUGAGCUCGCCCAUGCUGGCCUUCCGGACCAUGAAGGACUACAGAGCCGAGGGCCACAACGUCACGGCCUGCAUCAUCAUCUACCCGUCCCGCACCUGGGAGGUGUUCACCAACAUGCUGCUGAACAUCGUGGGCUUCCUCCUGCCCCUGAGCGUCAUCAGCUUCUGCACGGUGCAGAUCCUGCAGGUGCUCCGCAACAACGAGAUGCAGAAGUUCAAGGAGAUCCAGACGGAGAGGAAGGCCACGGUGCUGGUCCUGGCCGUGCUGCUGCUCUUCGUGCUCUGCUGGCUGCCCUUCCAGAUCAGCACCUUCCUGGACACGCUCCUGCGCCUGGGCGUGCUGUCCAGUUGCUGGGACGAGUACAUAGUCGACAUCUUCACGCAGAUCUCCUCCUACGUGGCCUACAGCAACAGCUGCCUCAACCCGCUGGUGUACGCCAUCGUGGGCAAGCGCUUCCGCAAGAAAUCCCGGGAGGUAUACCAGCAGCUCUGCCGGAAAGGGGGCUGCAUGGCGCAGCCCAACCUGGCCGAGAGCUCCAUGGGCACGCUGGGGACCUCCAUCUCGGUGGAUCGGCAGCUCCACAAACUGCCUGCGUGGGCGGGGAGCAGCCAGUGA